AUGUGGAAUCAGGCCGCUCUCUGGAGCGACCCCGAGUUGGAGGGAUGGUUAGAGAAGCGCGGGGGCAAGUACAGCGGGUGGAAGAAGCGCUACUUCGUGCUGCAGUCCAGCCUGCUCUUCUACUUCACCAGCGAGGCCAAGGACAAGGGCCCCACAGGCGUUCUCCCGUUGGAAGGCUCCACCGUGACGAUUGCUGAUGAGGCCGCGGCCGGGAGCAAGCACCACUUUGCGUUUGUCCUGAAGCUCGCGCCCAAUUAUGGCGACGUGGCCAAGCGGGACACGUACGUGCUGGCAGCGGACAAAUACACCGGCCUGGACGAGUGGAUGCAGAAGCUCACAAGGGCCGCAGACUCUAGGGCGUACCUCGUUGGCGAGUUGCAGCGGCUGCGCGCGCGCUCGGGCGAGUUGAAGGCGCUGCUGCAGCGGUCGCGGUCGCACAUGGCGCUCAUGGCGGCCGCGUCGUCCGCCAGCGAAACCUCGAAAGCCCUGCAGGCGGAGCUGGACCGGGCACGUGCCGAGCUGGAGCAGUACAACGGCGUGACGGCAAAUGCCGUGACCCAGGCUGACCAGCAGGAGGCGGCCAUCUUGCGGGCGGCGUCGCGCUGCUCCGUCCUCGGACACUACGCAACAGGCGGAAGCAUGGCUGGCGAGGCCCCCGCUGUGAAUGCGCUCCGAAUGGAAGCGCAGAGCCUGGAGGAGGUCCUCGCGCUCCUGCAAUCCAAAGUGGCCGCGCUCCGAGGCGACGGCGCCGAAACUCUAAGCGGCGACGCGCGGCGGCAGCUGCAGGGCGUCGCGCGUGGCGCACUCGCGGCGCUGCAGCAGCGCCAGGCGGGCGCACGCGCGAGCAGCGCGCAGUCGCGCGCGAGCAGCGCGGGGGGCAGCGUCAGCUCGAGCUUUGGCGGGGUGUUCAGCCGCGCGGGCAGCGCGACGAGCUCCGUUGGCGCGCGUUCUUCCGGGGGGGCAAGUAUCGCCUCUAUUCCGGAGGGGGUGGAGGAGGGAGACGCGCCGAGCGGGCUGCUCGCGCAGCUGCAGCUCAAGUCGAAGCAGAUGGGGGUGGGACAGCAACCACAGGCGGGGCGACCGUCCGCGGGGUCGUUCACAGGGGUGCAGUCGCCGAAUGUGUCCCCCCCAUCUUUUACAGCACCCCCGCCCGCUCCGCUCGGUCUGCAACCCCCCAAGAUGCCUCAGUUUGGUGCCCCCGGAGCUCCCCCCCGGGCUGUAAACAACGGCGGCUGGCAGGCGGGCUAUGCCAAGGAGGGCUUCCCGGGCGUCGACGCCAUCCGACAGCUCAACCCCACACCUGUCGCGGCCGCGCCCGCGCCCAUGGUCCGCCCAACCCUCCCUCAAACCCUUAGCCCUCCGAGUUCUGUCCCCGCUUUCGGUGCCCGCCCCGUUGCGCCUUCGGCGCUUCAACCGGGCUUCGCGAACCCCGGCCUUAACCCCGGCCUUAACCCCGGUCUUAACCCGGGCUUUAGCCCCGGACUGACCCCCGGCCUCACCCCAGGACUCACCCCCGGUCUUAACCCUGGUCUUAACCCUGGGUUUCCGAGCCGCCCAGUUGCUCCAAACGGGUUCAACAUGGCUUCCGUGGCAAGCCAGCCGGUGGUUAGACCGCCCCUCGCUCCACCCCAAGCCCCAGCGGCACCAGUAAAGACCGGGGGAUCCCUCGCGGAGCAACUGGCGGCACGUGCCGGAAAUCUCAAGUCUGCGACAUCUUCCCCACCGCCAGUUGCGGCCCCUCCCGUCCCCAACCGAGCGCCUGCCCCUGCCAUUAAAGGCCGUGGCGGGCCGCCUCCCCCGCCCCCCCCCAUGCCGACCCCAGAAGAAGCCGCGGCGUUUGUGAAGGGGAAGGCGGCCGCGGCCGCGCCCCCCGCGCCCGCGCGACCGAACGGCACUUCGAACGCCCCAGCCAGCAGGCCUGGGGGAGGAGUGAACCUAGCCGACCAACUGAGAAUGAAGGUGCUGAGCAGGAGAGUAGCGGACGAAUAA